AGGGAAAUGGUUUUGGUGCCGCUGCUGGUGACCUUAGUUUUACAACAUCCCGGAGAGUCACUCGCCGUUCCUAUUUCUUUCUCCUCUUUCUGUAAACCCAACCAGUAGGCGGACUAGAACAUCUCUUCCACUUAUGCGCAUUUGACUCCACUUCCAUGGGCUUCACUUCCACUCUCCCCCUCUACUCUCACACCAAGAUUCGUCCAAGCAAGCAGAGUCUCCGCUUUAAACCGUUGGCUUCGGACUCUGGCGGCAGGCUUGUUCCGUAUACGACGUCCUUUGGAACUUGGAGAUGUUAUUCGAGGUCGAAGAGAUUGACGGUGAAGGCAGCGUAUGGUGCAGAGGGAGGCGCCAGGCGGCGCAUAUACAGACAGUCCCAGGCAGAGCAGCCAACGAGUAGUGCUCCGGUGAAGCAGGUUGCAUCAUUUGUAGUGCCUGCAGGCGUUUUCGUCGCCGCUACUUUCGUUUUAUGGAAAGUGGUGGAGAAACUCCUUAUGCCAAAGCCAUCAAGGUCUUCAUCUGUUGAAAAUAAAUCUCCUUCGCAAGGAUUGAAGUGGUCUUUUGCCCCAGGUACAAAUUUGUUGUCAGGUUUUGCUGCUAAAAUUGAUAGACAGUCAAAGCAGACACUCAAUGAAUUUGCCAAGGAACUCAGGGCAUUCAGCAGUGUUGACAUGUCAGGACGUAACUUUGGAGAUGAAGGGCUGUUUUUUCUUGCUGAGAGCUUGGGUUACAAUAAGAUUGUUGAGGAAGUGAGUUUUGCUGCUAAUGGAAUAACGGCUGCAGGGAUAAAAGCCUUAGAUGGUGUUCUUCAAGCAAAUAUUGUAUUGAAAACCCUUAAUCUUUCGGGAAACCCCAUUGGAGAUGAAGGAGUAAAGUGCCUAUGCGAUAUUUUGGUGAAUAAUGCUAGUAUUCAAAAGCUCCAGCUAAACAGUGUUGACCUAGGAGAUGAGGGUGCAAAGGCUAUUGCAGAGUUGUUGAAGAAAAAUUCAACCUUACGUGUUCUUGAACUUAAUAACAAUAUGAUUGACUAUUCUGGAUUUACAAGUUUAGCGGGAGCUUUUCUUGAGAACAACACUGUCCGGAAUUUACACCUAAAUGGUAAUUAUGGUGGUGCUUUGGGGGCUAAUGCAUUGGCUAAAGGGCUGGAGGGCAACAAGUCUUUACGGGAACUUCAUUUACAUGGAAAUUCCAUUGGUGAUGAAGGAGUGCGCUCUUUGCUGUUAGGCUUAUCUUCUCACAAAGGGAAAAUUACUCUUCUGGACCUUGGGAACAACUCAAUAACUGCAAAAGGUGCUUUUCACGUUGCAGAAUAUAUCAAAAAAAGCAAGAGCUUGCUGUGGGUGAAUCUUUACAUGAAUGACAUUGGUGAUGAGGGUGCAGAUAAAAUUGCAGAUGCUUUGAAACAAAACCGGGCAAUAACAACCAUAGACCUGGGUGGAAAUAAUAUUCAUGCCAAGGGGGUCAGUGUGAUAGCUGAAGCCUUAAAAGAUAAUACUAUCAUUACAAAUUUGGAACUUGGUUAUAAUCCCAUUGGACCAGAUGGAGCAAAGGCUUUGUCUGAAGUUCUUAAGUUCCAUGGAAAUGUAAAAACACUUAAGCUCGGUUGGUGUCAGAUAGGACCAAAGGGUGCGGAGUUCAUUGCAGAUAUGUUGAGAUAUAAUAAUACCAUAUCAAUGCUGGACUUGCGAGCAAAUGGACUUAAAGAUGAAGGUGCAGCCUGCCUGGCUCGCAGCUUGAAAGUAGUUAAUGAAGCUUUAACUUCACUUGACUUGGGAUUCAAUGAGAUUAGGGAUGAUGGUGCUUUUGCCAUUGCUCAAGCACUCAAGGCCAAUGCAGAUGUCACAGUAACAUCUCUCAACCUUGCAAGUAACUUUCUUACAAAAUUUGGGCAGAGUGCAUUGACUGAUGCAAGAGAUCAUGUAUAUGAGAUGAGUGAAAGGGAAGUCAAUAUAUUUUUCUAGUAGUGUUCUCUUAAUGGAGGGAAAUAGUUCUGUAGACAGUUUUUUGGUUUGUUCUUCCUGUGGCAGGUAUUGGUGAGAACUCCAACUUUUAAGUAAAAAUUUUUGAGCUCUAACCACCAAUCAGAGGUAGAUAUGGAAAAUAUUGACAUUGAGAGAUAUUGGUUAGCUUCAUCAGUUAUAUCUUGCUCCCAAACUUUGUAGUUAGUUCACAAGCUUGACAGCAUUUGGUCACUCUCUUUGUAUUGUAAUUGAUUAAUAAAGGUUUUGUAAAUUGUGGAUUAUAAAAACAUUUUGGAAUUGAACUU